UCAUAAGAAAGAAAGCAAUAGAGUAUGAACGACUUGUGGACGAUAUUAUUCUUUUCACCAUUUCUUUGUUCUUUACAUCCCGUGACAUAUUAAUUGAUUGGGACAAGGGUUGCUUCUAAAAAUCUCAAUAAUCAUCAUCUAAUUUCAACAAUUUAAAUAUAUACUUCCCUUAUAAUAAGCUCCAUUAUCCACCUAUUCAAGGAUUUCUUAUACAAUAAGAAUUGUAAGGGGUGGGCUGAGAUAAAUAAGCUUGUAAAAAUCAAUCUUCCUUAAAAAAAAAAUGACGAAAUGGGGGUGCUUAAUAUUCAUCUCUAAGCUUGUGCUGCUCAAUUUCGCCGUCAUAGCUCUAGGUGAAGAGCCAACUUCUUCUGAUUUCCGCGCUUUCUAUUUCAUCCAACAGUGGUUACCAUCGUACUGUAACCAACAAGGGACAAUAUGUUGCGACCCACCAGUAGGAAAGCCUACACCAAAUUUUACGAUCUAUGGACUUUGGCCUUACAGUGAUGAUGGUACUGCCCUCGAAAAUUGUCCUGGAGAACGUUUCGAUGUAGCUCCGCUUAAAGCCAUAGAGAGCAUGCUACAAAAGGAGUGGCCAUCUUUUACAUGCCCAGAGAUUGGAAGGAAAUUCUGGCUCCACGAGUAUAACAAACGCGGUACAUGCUCAAAAUCCGUCCUAGAUGAGAUGUCCUAUUUUCAUGCUGCACUAAACCUAAAGAACAAGAUCGAUAUCUUCCAAGCCCUUGCAAUUGCCGGUAUCCAACCAAAUGAUCAAUUUUACCCUCUUGAGCGCAUAAGCGCGGCCAUCUCUCAAGCCACUGGAUUUCGCCCUUUUAUUUUUUGUAACCGUGAUGCUCAAGGAUAUGAUCAACUUUGGCAAGUUCUACAUUGUGUCGAUCAAAGUGGGACGACACUUAUCAACUGCUCUAGCAGUUCUCCUGAGUGGCAAAAGGAUUGUGCUUCUACCAUCAAGUUUCCAUCCUACUAAUUCUAGUGCUGUUGUAUGUAUUUGUUUAAUUACAGUAAACAA